CACGUCACCCCGCCGCGCGAGUUUUAAAAAUGACGACGACCUCAGAUCGAUCCACCAACUACUACUGGUCAACAUCAUGCCGCCUCUCUUCUCCUCCCCGCCGGCGCUCCGCCGCCGCCGCCUCCUCCACGCUGCCGCAUUCGCCCUCGUCCUUGCCGCCGUUGCCCUCUUCCUCCUCCUAUCCCCCUUCGACGGCAGUGCCACCCCUCCCCCGUCGUCCUACGGCCACCGCCUCCCCACGCUCGUCGACCUCACUCUAGUCCACGGUGCCCGGGAGAAGGGCGCUGUCUGCCUCGACGGGACCCCGCCUGCCUACCACUGGCUGCCGGGAUUCGGCCACGGGUCCGACAAAUGGCUCCUCCACCUAGAGGGCGGAAGCUGGUGCAGGAAUCUCACAUGGUGCGAUCACCGCAAGACAACCAGUCUAGGAUCAUCUUCCUACAUGGAACGGGCUGAGUUCGUCGGUAUCUUGAGCGACGACGAGUUCCAGAACCCAGAUUUUUACAACUGGAACAAAGUCAAGAUCAGGUAUUGCGACGGUGCCUCAUUUUCUGGAAAUGUCCAGGAUGAACACCAGUAUGGCGCCAGUUUCUUCUUCAGAGGUCAGCGCAUCUGGGAAGCGGUCAUGAGUGAACUCCUGCCCAAAGGUCUAGCCCGUGCUAAACAGGCUUUUCUUACAGGAUGCUCCGCAGGUGGUCUAUCCACUUACAUUCACUGUGAUGAUUUCCGUGCACUUCUACCAAAGGAUUCUAUUGUUAAGUGUCUUGCAGAUGGUGGUUUUUUUCUUGACGUAGAAGACAUUUCUGGGAGAAGGUAUAUGCGCAGCUUCUAUAAUGAUGUUGCUCAUCUGCAGGAUUUGCGGAAAAGGUUCCCUGGUUGUAGUUCAGAUAUGGAGCCAGGGCAGUGCUUUUUUCCACAAGAAGUAGCGAAGGGCAUCACCACCCCAAUGUUUAUUCUCAAUCCAGCAUAUGAUGUUUGGCAGAUUGAGCAUGUCUUAUCUCCAGAUGGAUCUGACCCUCAAAGUCUGUGGCAAAAUUGCAGAAUGGAUAUUACCAAGUGUAAUGCGAAACAGCUUGAGAUUCUACAAGGUUUUAGAAAAUCGUUGCUUGAUGCUAUAAGUGAAUUCAAGAAGAAAAGGGACUGGGGUAUGUUCAUUGAUUCAUGCUUUAUACAUUGUCAAUCCAUGAAAUCUUUGGCUUGGCACUCCCCAUCUGCUUCGAGAAUAAACAAUAAGACUGUGGCUGAAGCAGUGGGAGACUGGUUCUUUGAUCGGAGAGAGGUGAAGGAAAUAGACUGUGAAUAUCCGUGCAACCCGACAUGCUACAAUGUUGUUCUUGAACGACCCUUUGAUGAAGAAUGACAUGUGGCUCUUUGUUGGUUGUUGUAGUUUACUGCUGAUUUUCAGCACAAUAUGCCCCCAUGGGGCUCAGCUCAGAUAUGUCCAGUUGAAUUGGACAGACACUACUAGUAGCUCAGAUUUGAUGUACACCUGUACUUGAGGACCGUUCAAACAUAAAAAUAUGGACAAUAUAGAAAAGCGUUCUGUUGCCGUGUUGAUGCCUCUAUCAGUUUGUAAGAGUGGCAAGUACACCUGAUGGCGUUUUUCUUCCAUCGGUUUGUUUGGGGUGAUGCCAAAUACUCCUAUGAGUUGCUGUCUGCUUGUCCCUGAGCUGACAGGUACGUUGUCCGGUCUAAGCACGCAAUUUGUU